AUGGCUGGAGCAGUGUCGACGAGCAAGCGGGCCCUGCGCAUCAUCGCGCUCCCACUCACCAACGCUCCUCUGCCGACCCUUGCCUCCCAAUCUCCUGCGCAGCUGACUUACUACCAUUUCCUGACUCCCCCGCUGUCUGCGAAGGAACGUCAAGGCUUUGCCCGACGGGCGAUCACGAAGGCUUCACAAUUAUGGGAAAAAUUAGGAAAAGCGGAGGAGAGUUCGUGGAAGCGGAAGACGUUCCUCUACGGCGAACGGCUCAUGAACCGCCUCGACUUUGAAGAACUUGCGUUGCAGUCCGUAGACCCAUCGCUCGGGCCCAAGAUUCUGUCCCGUUCAGCCUCUUCUGCUCCGUCGCCCUCGCCCCGCGACCCCGAUCAUCCCACUAUACCCCUAGUCUACCCGCCGUCCGCCCGUUCGUCACCGCUGCAGCAAUUACGCACCCUCCUCGAGAAGCGUACCCCGCGACACAGACGGGGCUUUAUUACAUGGCUGCUGAUUGCACCACUUACCUCGCCGUUCAUACUAGUCCCCGUAAUACCCAAUUUUCCCUUCUUCUUCUGUGCAUGGCGCUCAUGGUCGCAUUAUCGCGCAUAUAAAGCCUCGCAAUAUCUGGAGGAGUUUCUCGACCAGGGUGCCAUCGUUCCAGAAGCGAGUUCCGACCUCGACGCCAUUUACGCGGAGUACUCACCCAAGACAAUCGCUGACAGAGAGAAGCCCCCAACGGACGGCGACGCAAACCUUGAGGCCGACGUGUCACUAGACCUAUCGCAAACUCCCGUAGACCAUCGAGUGCACAAACCGCCAAACCCCGAGCCAAAGGCUCAAAAUGGAGAGAACCCGAAUGGUGCAAGCCUUCGCCUCAUCCUCACCCCUGCCGCUGUCCCUCCGCUCGCCGCUCGCCUCGGUCUCUCCCCCGACUCGAGCUUCACUUCGAAUAUGUAUCGUGCGCUUGAGCAGGCUAGUAGACGCAGUGCGGAGGCGCGCGAGCCGUGA